AUGUACUUCUCUAUAUUGUUACUAAAUCUAGUUCUUUUUCAAGUUUAUGGUGAAUUAGUUAUUAAACCAAGUGAAGCUUCUUUAACAAGAGAUCAAUAUAAAUCAUUCAUUGCUCUAUGUACGGGUCAAUCGGAUGACCAAAUUAUUGCAUGGCGAUCACCACAACAAAAAGAAAUAUCUGAACAUGAUAAUGACCGUAUUACUGCGGAAAGACAAACGAAUGGAAUACGAUUAAGAAUUCGAAAUCUAACAACUGAGGAUCAAGGUACAUGGGAAUGUAUUGGUACACAUAUGAAUGGUCAACGAAUAAAAAAAUCAUUUCAAAUGAUUAUUAAAGUUCCAAUUACUUUCAAUGCUGAAUCAGUUCAAUAUGUAGCACUCGGACAACCUACUGUUAUUAAAUGUACUGUUCAAGCUAGUCCAGUAGCGGAAGUAUCUUGGUUUAAAGGUCAAGAUAAACUUCGAAUCGAAACUCCUAAAUAUGAAGUUCUUAAUAAUGGUUUACGUAUAAAUCGUAUUGAAAUGUUAGAUAAUGAUACAUUCUGGUGUCGUGCUGAUGUUCUUGAAACAGGCGAAUCACGAGAUUUUCCAAUUCAUGUUAUUGUUUCAAAAUCAAUUAAUCAAACACAUAUUACUUGUGCUAAUCCAUGUGCUAUUGAAAAGAAAACAGCAACAUUAAUUUGUGAUGCCUAUGGUUUACCAGCACCGAAAUAUUUAUGGUUCUAUGGAUCGGAUAAACCUGUUAGUGCAAGUGAAGUACCAAAAUUAGUUGUACGAGAAAAUCAAUUAACAAUAAAUUAUGUUGAUGAAACGGAUAAUGGUAAAUAUUCAUGUCAAGCUUUUAAUGAAUUCGAUAGAAAAGGACAACGAGCAGAAUAUCAUUUACAUGUUAUCGUUCCUCCACGUUUAUCAUUAAUAUCACCAAUUGAGAUUAAUUAUGAUUCUCAAAAUUCUCAACGUGUUUCAUUUCAAUGUCGAAUUGAACGUGGUUCAUCCGAUGGUCUUUCAUUAGAAUGGCAAUAUUUAAAUAAUACACCAAUUCAAUCAACAAAUGGAAUUUCAGUUGAUAGAACACAACUUGAAACACAUAAAUUAAUUGAAUUACAUUUUAAUCCUGUACAACGUGAACAUUUUGGAAACUAUUCAUGUGUAGCAAAAAAUCUUGCAGACAGCACUUAUGCAAUUGCUAGUCUUCUUAUUAAAUUUCCACCGAUUUAUAUUGGACCGAAUAUAAAUAUAAUUUCAACAAUUCCAAAUUAUCGUACAAUAAUACGUUGUUUAUUUGAUUCCUAUCCUCCACCACAAAUUCAAUGGCUUAAAAUGAGUCGAACUGUUCAAGAUCCUGAAGGACGAAUACUUGCUGUUGAUAUUAAUAAUGGUGUUAAUGAUAUAACAACAAAACAAAUUGGAUCAACACAUUAUGAAAGUAUUCUUUCUUAUACACCAACAGAACGUGAUUUUGGUUUAAGUUUUGAAUGUCGUGCUUUAAAUCCACGUCUUGGCCGGCAUUCAUUUACACUUCAACGUGCUCAACCACCAAAAAGAGUCAAUAUAACUCAAGUUAAAUCAUUACCAAAUGGUGUAGAAAUUUUUAUUCAAUCAUCUGAAAUGGGUGAUCUGCCUAUUACUCAAUAUAUUCUUAAAUACGAUAUAAAAAAUACAAAAAUUAGUCAAUUACAAACAUUAAUUAUUCCAGCACACAUAUUAUCUGAACAAAUAAUAAAAGUUGAAAAUCUUCGACCAAGUACAGAUUAUCAAUUAACAAUUGUAGCUGAAUCACAAGCUGGCGUUGGUGAAGAAAUAAGAUCGAUAGAAUUUCGAACACUCGAUAGACAAAAACCAAAUUUUACAAUAGAUGAUAAUCAAAAUCGAACUUGUUCAAAUGAUGAAAGUUGUUUAAUUACGUGGAGUAUUGAAUCCGAUGGUGGAGCACCUAUAACUCGAACAGAAAUAUCUUAUGCAAAAGCAAAAGAUGAAGAUAGUUUAGAUAUUGAAGGAGAAUUCAAUACACCAAUAUCCAUUGAUUUAUCAAUGACGGAAUAUGAACUAACAAAAUUAAAAGCAGAUACAUAUUACAUUAUUUUAAUUAAAUUAUAUAACGACGCUGGUUUUGCUGAAAAAAAAUUUCGAAUUAAAACAAAUAAAGAAGAGAAUGAUAAAAUACAAAAACAAACAUUAAUAACCGAUUAUCGAAAAGCACAACCAAAUAAAUGGGCUGUCAUUGGUAUCAUAUUAGCGAUAAUUUUUUCAGCUAUUACUAUUGUUACUGUUUGUGUUAUAUUACGUGCAUGUCGAUUUGAUGGUAUACAUAAAACAACAAACUCUGAUCAUCAAACAACACCAAUGAUGAAUGGUGAACAUCAUUCUGAUAAAACAAAUAGUCAUUCAUCAACAACAAAGAAAACAAAAGCAGCAACAUCAGCUCAAUUAUUUCCUGAUGAUGAUUCUGUAUAA